AUGAUGGACCCAGACCUCAACAAUAAGCUCGAUAGACUACUCACUCUAUUGGAAGCACAGCUAGAGCUUACCAGACAGGGUCAUCGAGAGGAACGAUUACAACGAGCUCAACUGAGCAGGGAGGAGACAAUGGACCUCUCUCACUCAGAAGACCAAGCAGGAGGAGGAGAUGAGUCUAUGAUAGGAGACCCACAUACCCCUACUCCAGCUCCACGACCAAGACGAUCAGUCUCAUUCAACCUGGAUGAGCAGGAGGACAUCAACUAUGAGAAGUAUGCUUCACCUACUGGGCCAAGAUAUGUCAAGACUAAGCUGGACCCCUACAGCAGGACUAGGACGGACCCUUACCCCCUGGACCACGAGGAGGAUACCAGCAUCAUGGCAGAGCUUAACCGGUCAAAGCCCAUCGCCACCCCCUUUCCAAAGUUCAAUCCCCGAGACAUGGAGAUCUUCAUUCUAGAAGCCGAAGCAUGGUUUAAGUUCAACCAGGUGUAUGAGCAGUCUAGGAUGAUCAAUCACAUGGGUGCUCAACUGGAAGGGACAGCAAGAGAGUGGUGGACCUCCAAGCUCCGUAUUGAUAGAGCUAGAGAAGGAAGGUUGUUCAAUGAUUGGCACUACUUCACAGAGCGACUGUCAGAGCAGUUCAACCCACGCAAUGCUAGGAUGGAGGCAUACAACAAGCUGUUGGCUCUCAGACUCACAAGUGAUGCUCCUGGUGCCGCCACACGUCAUGUAGAGCGGUUCAGAGACUUGGAAGGACAGGUCAACCUAGAUGACAAUGAGCUAGUGAUUGAUCUCUUCAGAGGUAGUCUCACUCGUAGCAUACAGGAGAAGUUCGAGAGGAAUCCACCUGGGAAGAGAUGGGAGUGGUAUCGAGAGGUCGAGGAGAUCGAUCGACAGAGGAUGUAUCACGAACCGGCCCUACGGUUGGCGAUGACGACGAGGGCGAGAUCGAGAGGAGAGGCAGAGGAGGCUACCAGACUUCGGAAGGAGUAG